CCUCUCUCUCUCUCUCUCUCUCUCUCUCUCUCUCUCUCUCUCUCUUUCAUUACAAUUCAGAAUGGCUGCGAAAACAUCGCCCUUCGAUCUCUCCAAAUGUGCGCGCCAGAAUAUCCUUAAAUUACAGCCCUACCGCUGCGCCAGAGAUGACUACAAAGAUGAUGGCACAAAUGUUCUGCUUGAUGCGAAUGAGAACGCCUACGGUCCGGGCCUGGCAUUGACUGCCGAAGGCUCUCUCCAGGAAUCAGGAUCCUCCCAGCCAGAGAUUGAUCUCCUUGGACUGAACCGAUACCCUGACCCACACCAAGUUCCCCUCAAACAACUCUUCUGCAACCUCCGCAAUACCCACAUCCACACCGAAAAGACCAUCGGUCCCGAGAACCUCUUUGUCGGUGUUGGAUCGGACGAAGCCAUCGACGCCCUCCUCCGCUGCUUCUGCGUCCCUGGCAAGGACAAAAUCCUCACCUGCCCCCCCACGUACGGCAUGUACGCGGUGAGUGCUGAAGUCAACGACGUUGAGAUCGUCAAAGUCCCGCUAGACACCGAGAACGGGUUCCAACUACAACCGGAGAAAAUCAACGCAGCACUCUCCGCCGACUCCUCCAUUAAGCUCGUCUACAUAUGCUCGCCCGGAAACCCCACGGCGAAUGUCAUCCGCAAGGCCGAUAUCCAGAAAGUCCUGGAACACCCGACCUGGAACGGUGUCGUGAUUGUCGACGAGGCCUAUAUCGACUUUGCCCCCGAGGGGUCUAGUCUCGCCGAGUGGGUGGCCGAGUGGCCGAAUCUGGUCGUGAUGCAGACAUUGAGUAAGGCGUUUGGGCUCGCGGGGAUUCGGUUGGGCGUGGCAUUUACGAGCCCGCCGAUCGCGACGCUGCUGAAUAGCCUCAAGGCUCCUUAUAAUAUCUCGAGCCCGACCAGUGCACUAGCGACGAUGGCGCUGACGGAGCGCAAUUUGGCUGUUAUGCGUCAGUACCGGGAGAAGAUCAUCCAGCAGCGGGACCGAUUGCUGGCCGAGCUGCCCAAGAUCCCUGGUGUGGGGCGGUUCCGCGGCGGACAGCAGUCGAACUUCCUGCUGGUGGAGUUCCUGGAUAAACCAGCCACUGAGGGUGGGAAGCCUAGUAAUAAGAUUGCGCUCGGGGCAUACGAGGCUAUGGCAGAGAAGCGCGGGGUCGUGGUGCGGUACCGGGGGAAGGAAUUGGGAUGUGAGGGGUGCCUGCGGAUUACCGUGGGUACGGAGCCAGAGGUGACGAGGUUUUUGGAGGAGUUGAGAAUAGUCCUGGGGGGACUCUUGGCUGGGGGUGAAAUUAGUUCUUUGAAAUAAUUGGAUUAUAUAACAACAACGUUAAUAUAUGUAUAUAGAGAGAGGGGUAUAUAUCAUACAUUGGUUCGCACUGGCACAAGGAGUAAUAUAUAUUUAAAGGAGAGAGGAAGCAUAGACCCCAGUGAGAAGGAAAGCGAAUGUACCCAGAUCACUAGUUCUAUUUACAGUACCCUCUU